GUCACUGACCGUUGAGCCUGUGCUAGUGUUGUGUGUUAGCUCCAAUGACUUUUUUAAAAAAUAGCAGCAAAAAUGGCUAACAAUAAUAAUAUGUUGCAACUAUGUAGACUGUGUUUAGUUAAGGACGAUGUUAAUAUUCCAAUUUUUGAGGAACAAGGUGAUAUUAGGCAAAUAUUUCUAAAAAUUAGUUCGUGUCUACCGGUGAAGGUAUCCCGCGAAGACCGACUGCCUAAAAAAAUUUGUGAUGGAUGUUCCUACAAGCUGGACAUGCUGUACGAGUUCUGGAACACGAGCGCCAAUGCGGAAAAACAGCUCCUCUCGUGGCUCGGCGAGGCCGGAGUGUCGUCCAAGAUGGCGGACGGCGCCAUCUCCGCCGUGGCGCAGCAGAUGCGGCCGGCGGAGGCUUGCGUGAAAGAGGAGACUCUGGAGCCCGAGCACCAUCUGCACGGGGAGGAGGACGACAAAGACUACCUGUUUGAGCAGCAGCGGGUCGUAGAGGCGGCUGCUGCUGCCGGCCCAUCGGCGACGGUUACCUCCAACGAUGAGGAGGAACCUCCACCAAAAAGGGCUCGACGGACGGCCGCCGUUAAGGCGGCCAUCGCGAUGGAUCAGGACAGUGACGAUGAUGAUGAUUCGGGAGAACCACUGACCAAGAUCGAAGACGAAAGUGAUGACAGCGAGGGCGAAGAUCACGUGCCGGCGUUCGUCGAUGUGCCGUCGACGAGCGCCGACGACCAGCCGGGCCCCUCGGGGGUGGGCAAAGAAGGCGUCGAAGCACCAUACUUUUUAUCAAACAUGGACCCACUAGAUGACUGGAAUGAGUGUACGACAAAAGACACAGGGCAGUCGCUACAACCUAACAGAAAACUGCAAAGACGGCAGCUGAUUGAUAAGGCAGGCAAAUUGAAUAAUGCUUCAGAGGAAACAUUUUUGGAGGAACGGGAACUAGAAAAAAGGAGGAAGAAAGCUGAAUAUGCUAGAAAUUAUCGCGCUAAGAAGAAAAACAAGGAGAAAUUCGACGCUGAACUUCAAGAUCAAAACUAUUGUAUUGAUCCAGUUCUGGCGGAAAAGAAGAGAAAGAGAGCAGAAAUAAACAGAAGAUAUCAAACCAAAAAAAAGCUAUUGAAACAAGAAUCAUCAUGUACGGAGAUUGAAUCUGAAAGGUAUCUUCAAAUACGGAUCGCAGAAAAGAAAAAAAACAAAGCCGAAUAUAACAGACUUUAUAAAGCUAGGAAGAAAUCUGCUAUUCCUGAACCACAGGAAGGAGUUGGCCGUGAAAAAAGAGAAGCCAGUCCAGAAACUAUAAGUCACAGGAAGAAACUAGCCAGGAUUCGUGCAAAAAAUUACAGAGAAAGAAAAGGUGCCAAUGAUAUACUUCACAGAGUCAGGGGAAUAGAUAAUUUCGAACUAGCCGGACAUGGGCCAUUUCCUAACGAUAAAAAUCAUUGUUCACAAAUCUCAGGCUCCUCCCCAAGAGAAGUUCCAUUUGUACCCUCCAUUCCACCUGAGAAAUUUGAUGCGGAACAAAUAAAGCUGGAAUUUGAAGUCGAUUCCAACUAUGAAAUUGAAAUGCAUAGAUUAUUUCAGCAGCAAAAUGAAGAGGGGAUAACUCAGGACAUACAUUCAAAGGAACCCAAAAUACGGGCUUCACAAGCUGGCCAGAUGUAUUCUUCAUUUAGAACACAUGUCUCAGCGCACAAAGAGUUCAUCAAACAGUUCAUUAAUAAUGAAUUCGGAUAUGCUUGCGAUGUGUGUGAUAGACUUUGGUUCAAAAAUGAUUUGAGAUCGAUUCUGAACAUAGACGAGACUAAGAACAUACUAUUAAUCCGAAAACUGAUUUUGGACAGCAAAUCGGAAUAUAAAUUAUGUAUUACCUGCAACGCGAGUAUUCAAAAAAAUAAUAUUCCACCCUUAUCAGUAUAUAACGGGUUCAAGUAUCCGCAUUUUCCGGAAAAUUUGAAAAACUUGAAACUAGAUUUGGUCACAGAAAGAUUAAUAUCUCCACGAAUUCCCUUUAAACAAAUAAGGCGGCUGCGACAUGUGAAAGGACAGUACGGGAGUUAUGGCCAAGUAAUUAAUGUCCCAGUUGAAAUCAAUACUAUGAUAAAUGCCUUACCGCGAUAUGUUGAUGAUGAUCAUUGUAUAAAUGUUCACAUCAAAAGGAAAAAAAUACAUAAGCCUAGCUUCCUGCACGGAGUAGUGAAUAAGACAGUAAUUGAGGCGUGGUUGGAUUACUUGAUAGAAACACCUCUGUACAAAAUGUAUGACAUUACAAUAAACAGGGAUUCUAUGAUUGGCACAGGGAAUGAUGCCGAUGACAUGAAAGAAUUAGCCUUAAUUAAUGACGAUGAGCUGAUGGAGGAUAUACCCAUCGAUGAAAGUUUGGUAGCGCAGCAACAAUCUCUAAUGUGGAAUGAAGAUUUUUAUUUGAGAAUCGCGCCUGAAAGUCUUUUGUUUGAUGAGCAUGCAGAGGAAUUAUCGUUUCCAGGAAUCUACCUUGGACAUUUUAGAAACUUCAGAGACGGAGUUACUGUAACUCCCUUUAUGAUGGCAACAAGUGAAUUGAGACGUGUAGAUAGACGUGGGGUUACUCCUCAUCACUUACUGUAUAUGGCAAUGAGAAUUAUGAGAUUGAGAGUACGAGACUCUCUCAAACACGUCGGAGCGAACACAAAAAUUACAAAAGACGAGAUACAGUCAGAAGAUUACAUUCAAGGUUGUAUUGAGAGUAACCUAGCUUUUUUGAGUUCAAUCCCUAAUUCUACUUGGUAUUGGUCUGAGAGAAAGAAAGAUCUGUUCGCCAUGAUAAGGCAAUUAGGGAAACCAACAGUCUUCUUUACAAUUAGCGCAAAUGAGAUUGGCUGGUCUCAAUUAUUACAACUGCUUUACAAAUUGAGGAACGGUAAGGAUAUUUCUGAACAGGCUGUACAAGAACUGCACUACAUGGAGAAGAGCACUCUUAUAAAUGAAGAUGCUGUUACAUGCGCACUUUAUUUCAAUAAAUUAGUAAAUGUUUUGAUUGCCAUUCUACAAUCGAAACGAUACAGCCCAUUUAAACAAUAUAGAAUGUUACAUUAUUUUAAAACGAUAGAGUUCCAACAUGGCGGAAGCCCACACGCUCAUAUUUUGGCUUGGCUGGAAAAUGCUCCGGAAGAUACACUACAAGCUGUCGAGCUAAUUAAUACACUUAUUUCAGUAUCAGCUUCGGAAGCGUCGGGGAAUAUACAGCUCAAUACACAUAAGCACACAUUCACUUGUUACAAAAAGAUUAUUUCUGCAGAAGCUCAAACAUGUAGAUUCGAUGCUCCUUUCAUGCCUAGUAAGAAUACAGUUAUAUUGACCCCUAUGAAAGAGACAGAACAUGAUUUUCAUUAUCUGAAAGGACGUUAUGAAAUUAUCAAGAGUCAUUUAGAAAAAAUAGAUUAUUGUGGUUUCGAAGAUUUUUAUAGCACCAACAACAUCUCCAGUGACGACGAAUAUAUCAAUAUUCUGCGCGCAGGGAUCAACCGACCUCGGGUAUUUGUGAAACGUCUGCCUUCUGAGAAAUGGCAUAACCCUUUUAAUCCUUUUAUAUUAAGUGUUGUCAAAUCUAACACAGAUUUUCAAUUUGUUACUGAGGAGUACUCAUGCGCAGCUUAUGUGGUUGAAUACGUGAAUAAAACUAAUAGAGGAGUCAGUAAUUUACAAAGAAAGAUUCUUGAAAUUAUGCAUGAUCACCCUGAAUUCGACAUUGUAGAUAUAACAAAGAAUAUAAGUGUUGAUGUUUUGAAUCAUACAGAAAUGACUAGCCAAGAAGCAGCUUGGUACUUAUUGCGAGAGCCAAUGUCAAAAUCUUCUACGAAAAUAGUGUAUAUACCGACAGUAUGGCCAUUUGAACGGCAGAGAAUCAAGAAAACGAUGAAGGAAUUGACUGAAAUAGACGGAGAUUCAACGGAUAUAUGGAAGGAAAAUUGGUUCGAUAAGUACGAGAAAAGACCCGAAGAAUUGGAAGAUAUUUCAUUGGCUCAAUUCGUGUCGAAAUAUUACAGAAACGUUAAGGGGGAAUACGCCAUGAGAGAAGAACCAAAUGUGAUACGAUACCGAAAUUACGAUAUGACUACAGAUUUCUAUGAAUAUAGAAGAGAAAUGGUGAGUCUACAUUUACCAUUUCGCGACGAAGAAACGGAAAUAUUAGCAGAUAUGAAAUUCCUGUCCACUUAUGAAGAAAAUGAAGUUUUGAUAUUGCAGAGAAGACAGGAAUUCGAAUCUAAUAUUGAUAUCGAACGAACAAUCCAAAUAUGCAGAGAACUGUGUCGCGAAAAAACGCCUUGUGAUGAUGAUAAAAUAGAAGAUGUCAGUACUCGAAUUCCUGACCCGAACCCUACUGAAUUGCAUAAUAAUCCAAAUGUGGAUAUCGAUGAUGUGAAAUUUUUCAAUAUAUAAAACAUUAUAUCGAUCAGAUAAUAAUUACAGAUCAUAAGUGAUCAUUCAUUUCAUCUAGUUUUUAUGUAUAUCGCCCAAAAAAAUUCAAGGGUUGAUUCUGCGAGGAAAAUGAAGGUGAGUAUUUGGUAUACAAUUUUUUGAUGAACCUCUACCCGGAAGUAUUGAAAAGGAAUAUUCUCAGAAUUUAUUUCCGCGCCCUGUAUGAUGAAUAUCAUCCAAAAACUCCCCGGAAAAAUUACACCAAUGAUUAGAAAAACGAAUUGUUUUCCUUUUCUGUUCUCCUUGUAUAUCAAUAUAAAGACACGACACUUGGUAAAUAUUUUUUAACAAAACUAAACAUUUUCUAAAUGUUCUCAACCCUGAAGUAUGCUUAGAAGGGGUUGAUAUAAUAUGCAACCCCUAAGAUAUAUUCUUUCUUACAACUUUUUUGUGGAUAGACAUCUUUCUUCAAUAACAUUGGUGAGCCUUAUUCAUUUACUAACUGUUUCAUCUCUGAAAGUUUUUUCAAGAAAAAUUGUUAAAAAAAAAGUUGAAAGAACAAAUAUCUUUGUGGUUGAAUACUUCGAUAAAUCAUGGUUGAGAAGAUUCCAAAAUGUUUAUUGGCAAAUAAUAUUGGCCGAGUUUCGUGUCUUCAGCUGAAUACAAAGAAGAAAAAAAGAAAAACCAUUUUUGAUUAUUUUCAGGAGGGUGUAAUUUUUCCAGGCAGAGGUUCAUCAAAAAGUUUAUACCAAAAGCCCAACCUAAUUUUCAUCACAGAAUCACUCCUAAAUUUUUUUCGGUGUUAUUUGGAUACACCCUGUAUAGAUAUUGUAUACGUAUCUACAAUACACAUUUUUU